ACUAGCGGAGAGCCAUCUUGGAACAGCUGAUGACACAAAUAUGGCUGCUGCUAGUUUGUGACAUUCUUGUGUGACUAUGCCCAUAAAGUCCAGCGCUACGUCACUGUAACAAUGCUAAUAAUAAUGAUAAGGACAUAAUUUGGAUCCUAGAUAUGUGUUCUGUGUCUUACAUAUGCUUUUGGUUCACCGUGGGAGCAUCAUGGCUUGUAGUAAAUACAUCAGUGAGCGGCAAUUCCAUGUCCGAGGAGGAGAGGCUCAGGCUCAAAGAGGAAGCCAAGGAGAUGUUCUAUCAUGCAUACACGUCAUAUAUGGACAAUGCCUACCCAGCAGAUGAGUUAAUGCCCCUCAGCUGUAUGCCAAGAUGGAGGGGAGUUGACCAAUCCAGGGGGGAUAUAGACGACACCUUGGGAAAUUUUUCACUAACAUUGGUGGACUCUCUGGACACACUGGUUGUGAUGGGAGAUAUAGAAGAGUUUGACCGUGCUCUUCGACUAGUAGUGAGAGAUGUGUCCUUUGAUAAUGACGUAGUUGUCUCUGUUUUUGAGACUAAUAUUCGCAUGGUUGGUGGACUGCUGUCGGGGCAUGUACUGGCAGAACACCUUAAUCAGUUGUAUGGUGCCUUGGGUUGGUAUCGAGGAGAGUUGCUCACAAUGGCACGUGAUUUGGCCACACGACUCCUACCAGCCUUUAACACCACUACAGGAAUUCCCCAUGCUAAGGUAAACUUAAAGUAUGGGAUGAAGUCUCCAAAACUGCAAAGCUCCAGAGAUACUUGUACAGCAUGUGCUGGAACAAUUAUUUUGGAGUUUGCUGCAUUAUCAAGAUUAACUGGUGAUUCCAUCUUUGAGGAGAAAGCACGGCAAGCAUUAGACUGCUUGUGGAGUCAGCGGCACAGAGGAAGUGACCUUGUAGGGACUGUGCUAAAUGUACAUUCAGGUGACUGGGUUAGAAGAGAUUCUGGAGUGGGAGCUGGCAUUGAUUCUUAUUAUGAGUAUCUUCUGAAAGCCUAUGUAUUGCUCGGAGAUGACAGCUACUUGGAGAGGUUCAACAAGCAUUAUAGUGCUGUGAUGAAGUAUAUCAGCCAAGGUCCAAUGUUGCUUGAUGUCCAUAUGCACCGUCCUCAUACAACAUCCCGUAACUUUAUGGAUGCUCUCCUUGCCUUCUGGCCAGGGCUACAGGUUUUGAAGGGAGAUAUUAAACCAGCCAUCGAGACUCAUGAAAUGUUAUUCCAAGUGAUCCAGCGGCAUAACUUUUUGCCAGAAGCCUUCACUACUGACUUCCAGGUUCACUGGGGGCAACAUCCUCUGCGACCUGAGUUUUUAGAAUCUACAUAUCUUUUAUACCUUGCCACUGAUGACCCAUACUACCUGCGGGUUGGAGAACACAUUCUGCGCUCCCUUCAGAAACAUGCCUGGGUACCCUGUGGAUACGCAGCUGUCAAGGAUGUUAGGACAGGUGUUCAUGAAGACAGAAUGGAUUCAUUUGUGUUAUCAGAGACCUUCAAGUAUCUGUAUCUACUCUUUGCAAAACCAAGUGACCUGAUUAUUGAUGUAGAUCAUUUUAUUUUCACAACUGAGGCUCACCUCCUGCCUCUUUCAUUAGCUCGACUUUCUAAUCUAACAGUUGUACCUGGCCCAGAUCCUCAGGAGAGUGCACAGGAUAGUGAUGUAGAAUAUGCAAGAUCGUGCCCAAAUGCUCACUUUCUGUUUCCUGGACGCCAUGAAUUUGCGGAAACUAUAAGACGUCCUCUUAAAAACUUUGUAAAUAAUGUGUGUCCCUCACGUAAAACCCUGCAGAGAAAGCUAAGGGCAUCUGAAUUUCAAGCAGGCAACAGUCGGCACAUGAGCCUGCUGAGGGACAUGGGCAUCACUAUCAUGGCUCUUCCAGAUGGUCGUGUUCAGCUGCUGCACACUUCCUCCAAUGCAAAGUCCUCAGAUGAUGCUGAGGAAGGUCUGCUUUUCAUGCAGGAAAUGAUAGAGUUGAGCAAAUUGCAGCAGGAGCAGCCAGAGAAUCCUCCUCGUGUGGUUUCCUUCCAACAAGAAAUUGAUGGUCAAUCAGUGGUAACAACUAUUCAAGCCGGUCCUGCUCAAUUUGGUUUAGAUCUGAAGGGAGACGUUCAGUUGUUGCUUGUUAUGGUGAAGCUGACAGCUGUGAGGUUGAGGGAACAAGCUGAGGUGGUGGUGGUGGAGAGGACACGUGUGGCCGGGGUCAGGAUUGUUAUCAUAGAGCGUGGAGACUGUAUGUUUAUUGAGAAGGCCCGUAGGUUGGAAACUCUUGGUGCUGUUGGAGGCAUUGUGCUGGACAACACUCCAGGAACUUCUGCUAAAAGUUCCCCAAUGUUUGCAAUGUCUGGUGAUGGAACUGAUGAUGUCAGCAUCCCACUAGUGUUCCUUUUCUCUGCUGAUGCUGAACUUUUGUUGAAUGCUCUUGACAAACAACCUGACCUUGAAGCAGCUCUGUCAGAUUUUCCAUACAAAGAGAGUGGUACUGGCUCUGUGGAGGAAGUACAACUUGAGUUGAGUGCCACUUCUGAGGCUGGGAAAGAAACAAAAGUGGCUGAAUCAGAAGAGGGUCAACUACCUCAAGUGAUAUCCAUCAUAAACAAGAGACAGAAGGAGGAUGAAGACAUAAGUGGUGAUGAUUUAGUGACAGUGGUGGAGGGACAGCAGGCAAAACAUACUGAACAAGAAAGAAAAGAUUAUUUCCUCAAGUUUCAGAAAGCUCUCAUGGAACUAGAAAAUGCAAAUUCUGCUGAAGAGAUUCUUGUUGCGGCAGUUCACUAUGUCAACAGCAGACAAGAGCAGGAGGUAGCAGAGGGCAAUAUUUUAAAGACUGGACAACCAUCAUCUGCAAUCAUUACAGAACUUCAGGGACUAUUAAUCAAGAAAACAUCAUCUGAUCCUAGUCUCCUUAAAUCGCUAUUAAGUGUACAUCUACGGGAGCUAAUGGCAGUGUUACAGCAAGCAUCACCCAGCACCUCUGACUUAGAUACAUCUCUGCAUCAUCUGUUGAACCAACUAACUGCUCUUACUCUUAAACCAUCAGUGCUUGAUCAUCCUAGAAAUACUGCCUCAGAAACUAAACUUUCUCAUCAGAGAGGCUCACCAAAAGGGGAUCAUAAUGAAGAUAGUAAACUUGAAGAAGAACUUUCUGAAGUAAUUCAGCAUCAAAUUAGAAAAAUAAGAAAGCAGUUUGAACACACUACAGACAGUGACGAUGUGAGUGCUAACAAAGACAGAGACUCCUUACAAACCAAAGAUCUUGAUAGGAAAGAUGAACUAUAAAGCAAUAAUAUUUUCAGAGACCUAUUAAAUGACUUAAUAUAUACAUAAAUACAGCAAAAGCCUCAUUGUUUUGUGCAUAAAAAGAAUGGGAUAUAACAUCUACUCUUCUCCAUAUUUAUUUAAAUUGUCCAUAAUCUAAGCUGUUCUGAGUGAACUUUUGGUAUUUUCACUUGGAUAGAAUUAAUUUUCAAAUGAGAUUAUGAGUAGUACUUUGAAUUAGGAGUAAACAUUUAAAUGAAUGUAAAAAAGACAGUUGUUGGUAUUGUAUUAUAUACUUAAUUAUUUUGUUAAUUAUAUACUCGAGGUUAUCAAGUCAUAAUGUAAAUGAUCUUUUAUUGUGAAUAAGUUUAACAAAAUUAAAAUUCUCAUUGAACUCUUUUUCUGCAUACAAUAGAAGCAUAGAGCUUACUUAAAACUGUUUUAACCCAUCUUUGCUAACCCUUCCACUUGGCUUACAAUUGAUUCCUAGGACAACUUGCAGUUGUCAUCAAAACAGUCACUAUAAUUGUUCUAAAUGCACCACAAAACCAAAAUACUCACAAACUUUUUUUUGAUACUGAUAAGGUAAGAUCACACUUAAUAAUUUAUUGUUAUUAUAAUGCCAUAUUAUCUCUUUAUAAAAGGGAAAAUAACUUAACAUUGUUGGUAAAUACUCAAAUGUCUAAAAACUAAAUUCAUUGUUGAUUAAUCUGUUCUGAAAGAUUGUGUGGCUGUGACAAAAUUUUUGCAAAGCAUUGCAUACACACACACACACACACACACACACACACACACACACACACACACACACACACACACACACACACACACACACACACACACACACACAGUCAUGAUAUGAACUUAAGUGGAACCAGAACCAUAAGUGCAUUUCUGUGCCAUUAUGGUAUGAAUUAAGUACAAAGUGCAAGAGGUUAUCACUGCUACAUAGAUUCAGUCUUCCUAUUAUUUAAAGUGCAUACAUCAUGUACUUGAAAUAAAGUGAGUCAAGUGCAAAUCAA